AUGCUUUUAAAGUACGUACGGUUGUUUAUCGUUGCCUCUACGCUGUCUCUAUUAUAUUUCAUGAAAAAGAAAGCAGCCGUUUGGAAACCAACAAAGUUUUCAAGCAAAUGGAUUGUUCUCGCCACGGAGGAUGAUUAUUCGAUAGUGAUUGAGGUGAUUUUUGGGAAAUUUCAUGAAAAAUUUUGACUCGUUUUCUUUCAAAAUGAUCAUUUUCAGAGACUAUCAUUACUGAAAGAUUGGGAAGUCGUCGUGGUUAGUGAUCGGAAAUAUUCUGAGUCAAUUGAAUUCAAAAAUAUCCACGUCUUGAACUCGAGAAAAAUAGAUAAUCUUGGUAGGAUAUAAAAAGCAAUUUUGAGAAAGUUUUGCCAUUUUCAGGCUACUCCAUUGCCAGUAAAAUGAAUAAAACUUCUUCUUCCUGGAAAAAUGUCGGUUAUUUGUACGCGAUCUCAAAAGGCGCCGAGUGGAUCUACGACAUGGAAAUCGAUAUCGAAUUCUAUGGUCUGUUUCAAUUGGAAGUUUCGAAGUUAGAAUAAGGAAAUCCAACAGGGAAGGGCUUGGAUCAAUUUGUAUAUAAGAACACCACUAGAGGGCUCAAAUUCCUUCCUAAAUCCAAACUUUUAUCUGAUCGAAUGUUCAAUUCUCAUCAUUUUUUCGGUGAUCAGAACAGCCUUCCAAAUGGAUUUCCAGACAUUAAGGUAUACUCUGAUUAGGAAAAAUAGAAUAAAUAAUUUUUUUUUGUUUCAGUAUCACAAAAAUGGCUUUGCAAAAAUGAUAUCUUGUCGAGAACUGAAGAAUGCCGCCAUUCAACAUGCUAUGGUGGAAACACAUGCUAAAGGAAAAUCACUGUGAGUUCGAAUCAGAGAAAAAAAUCAAAGAAAAAAGGGUGGAGUGCAUGAAGCCGCGCUCCACUGCUCACUUUUGGCGGGAGUUUGAAAAUUCAAAAUUUAUUGCUGAACUUUUUCGUAACCGUUUCAAGACUAACUUGAGCCACAAAACCGGCGGAAUCGUCUGAGUCUCCACCAAUCACACGUUAUUUUCUUUAUCUUGUCGAGACUUUUUUUUUCACUGACUCAAGUCGCUAUUUCACGUUGAAACUACGUUUCUCACAAUUUUAAUAAUCCAGUUUUUUUUCUUUUGAGUAUUUCAUGCCGAUUGAGAAUAGGUGGGACUUAAGAUUCGCUUCAGAAAUGGGAACCGUUCAAACGGCAAAAAAAAGUUCAACAAGUUCGCGCCGCCCAUCACUCUUUCACGUGGUGGGUUCUUCGAAUUUCAAUCGAUAGUCAAUAAUCAUUUUUAAAGGCACGUUUUCACCAUUCGAUUCUCAAAACACAUUGUUCCACAGAAGAGCUUUUCACACGUUAUUGCUCCCGUCUUCGUUCGAUUCUGAGUAGUUAUUUGAAACCGAUAAUAGGUAAAAGAACAUUUUUUAGGGAGGCGACAAUAUGGCGGUCGUAUUUCGCGCAGAAAAUUCUGAAUUUAACGAGAGAAUAUGUGGCUUUGAUGCCUUCGAACACUGUUAAACUCGGGCAAACAGGAAAAGAAACAGAUUUGGGACAAGAAAGGUAUGUUUUUUUGGUAAUUGAUCAACUUUCCAGGGUUAAAAGGUAAACCUCUUUUGAAAAAAAAAUUUAAAAAAUCGAAUUUUCCCGUCAUGCUUUUUUGGUCGUAUUACGGUAGUUUAGAUAGGUUUUUGGUAAUUAAAUGUAAGCUCGUGUUCUUUUUGAGGCGUAACUUAUCUUGUAACCACGAGAAAUACUGGAAAAAUGUUUAGCGGCCAUUAUAGGGUUUGAAGUUAUAGUGGCAACUAUAGUAGUCAAAUUAGUAGUCCUUUAAGGGGUUCAAAAUUAGUGGCCACUAUAGAAGUCUAAGUGAUAGUACUAGACCAAUUUAGGGGUCAAUGGCUUAACAUAACUGGUCUAAUUUGUUUUUUUUUUUUAAUUAUCAGAGUUACUGGAUGAAAAACUACUGAAGUGGCCACUAAAUAGAGACCCUCUAUAGUGGCCAUUAAAACGGAAAAAAGAGUCCUAACACGAUAAGAAAAGAGACAGUGUCUAGUUGAUGGAGAGCGAAGACAAGUUGAGCCUUUUUGUGUCCCAACCUAGCUGAAAAUCAGCUUUAAGAGAUGUAUAAGAAAGAUUUUUGAUCUUCAAAUUUUCAAAAGGUACAUCAAAAAGUUGUGAAUUAUAGCAAGUGUAGACUUUUUUUUUGUCGGAAACUGAAAAAAUAUAACUAUCUGUUCUCACCUUAUAAUGUUUUCCAUGGGGGCGGCAUAGCUCAGCUGGCAUAACUCAUUUCUAACGUCCGCAAGGUCGUAGGUUCGAGUCCCCCCGAGGUCGACCAAGCAUUUCAUCCCUCCGGGGUAGAUAAAAUUGGGAGCUGCAUGCAGCGAAAAGGCUCAAUCUCUGCCAUCAGUUUAAACAGUUUAAUGUUUUCCAGGCCGAAUUGGAAUCGAGUUAUUGAGAAAAUCGACAAAUGGAACUGUUAUUUAUCAUCCGUCGAGGCUUGUAUUCUGCACUUGACGGAUGUGAUGAUAUCUUCGAAUAUGAUCAAAGAGAAAGAUGGACUCUUGACGAGGGCCUGGAUCCAAGAUCUGGCUAAAAUUGGGUGGGAUUUCAUUAUCUUUUUGGCUUAUUGAUAAAAAUUUAUGGAAUGGGAGUUCAAAAUGAAGAACUUUUCAUAAAAAAAAAUAGUCUACUUUUCGUUUGGAUGAUCCUUGAGCCAGAAUACUUCCUGAUCCAUAUGAAAAUCUUAAACAUAUCUUCUUUCAGAUACGUCUUCCCUUCUUUAAAAAGUAGCAAAAGAACGAAAACUCGUAGAACUUGGCGGAAAAGGUCGCCAAAUUGCAGAAGAGCCAAUAUUGAUUUGGUCCAAAUUUCUGAAAACGAAGUAAUUUUUCUAAUGAACCAACCCUUCAUAAAAUCUUCAGGACUUAUUCAGAGCCAAUCAGAAAUUGAAGGCCAACGCGGACCUUUCCAAAUGGUGUUCCGUUGCAAAUUAUACAAGUGACAAAUUUUGAAGUAUAAUCAAUAAACGAACACUUCCAGAACUGAGUGAGAACCUUCCGGAAGCUCAGAAAAUCGCCGAGAAUCACCAAAACUCUUUCGUUCAAAACAUGAACUUGGAUACCGUAAGAAGAGUGUAGAAAUAUUCUAAUAAUCACUCAAAAUACAGGUUCUAAUCGUCACGAACAACUUUCCGUUCGCGAAAGAAGUCGGGUUGAUUCAAAGAUUAUAUGGUCCUUAUUUCGGCAUGAUCAUCUUUUGCGGCACUUUCGACGAGAGAAAUAUCAAUCCGCCAGGUUUUUAUGAAACUUUGAUCUUCAUCGUUCACAUCAUUAAAUUUGUUUAUCGUUUCGAAAAAAAAAGCUUAAAGUUUGCUACAGCCGAUUCACGGCUAGCUUGGGAUGCUUAGGAGGCGUGUGUCUGCGCUCUCCACCAGCUAGGCACUGUCUCUUUUCUUAUCGUGUCAGGACCGAUAAAAAAAAGAGAAUCAGUUAUACACGGCUGGCUUGAGCCAUCGAAAAAAGGGUCCUGACAAGAUAAUGCACGAGAGAGUGCCUAGUUCGUAGAGAGCACAGAGAGGCCACGCCCCCUUGCUGGCCGUGAAUCAGCUAUAUGAUAACAUCGUUUUCGAGGCUAUUUUUUCCCUAUGUCAUUGAAAAAUCUCAAUUUUCAGACCAAUAUCUUGACCGAUUCGGCAACGUUAAUUUUGUCAACCUUAGUGAAUCCGAGGUUCAGGAGGGCUUUUUCAUCUACAUCUGCGCUCAGAAAAUCAGGGAACUUCAGCUGCAGAAUGUUCGAGGUGAAUGAAAAAUUAAAAGAGAACAUUUUGAUUAUUGAAGAGCCAAUACUGAACCGAAAAACCAAAGGUUUUUUUAACGGUGAGUUUGAAACUAUAUUUUGAAAAUGGAAACAAUAGUAAAAGUGGAAAGUGAGUCCUCAAGGAAUCUUUAAAGAUCUUGGAGUGAGAAUAUAAUUUUUUUCCAGUUGAAAUGUUUUCCGUCCUCUUGAAAAACCUUAAGAAAAAUCUUAACUUUAAGGUCAUUUUUUGAAUCCAAAAAAAUCAUAUCUUUGGCUCUAGGUCCUUAAUUCAUAUUUCAUGUACCAAAAAGCUGAUAAUUGUGUGCUUGAUAAUCUUAAAAAAAUAAUACUCUCAAAAAAAUUUUAGGAGAAAUUACAGAUUAGGGGAAAAACCUUAAAUUCAAAAGCUUCCUCCCACUUUCUCAGGAGAAAAUCUCAUCAUCGGCUUUUCAAUUCCUUUUCUCUGAAACUGAUAUUGGUCUUCAUUUUAAGCAUAUUUCAAACUUAAAAAAAACGUUUCUUUGAAAAAUCUUGAAAAUUGCGCUAGAAAAGUUUGUAAACUCCUUAAUUGGAUAUUCUCUCGAAAUAAAUUUAAUGAAACCAAGAAAAGAGCAGCCCUUAGCCUGAGCAGCCCUAGAAAGAGCAACCAAGAAAGAGCAGUCCUUAAAAACUGAAUAAAUGGAUGUCGGAUUGAAUUUGAUCGAAAACAUGGACUGUAUUUUCGAAUUCUCCGUUUAGGUUAUUACAUGAUGUCGGACGACGUCGUCUUCAAUCACUGGCAAUCGAUCAAUUAUCAAAGUGUAGUUCACACGGUCGGCGCUUACGCCCAAGAUCCAGAAAACAGAUGGUGGGCCGAGGAAUUCAAAAACAUCUGUAAGAGUUCUUGAUUCUCCGUCUUUUUGAUAAAAAAAAAACAUUAGAAAUAUGAAUCAUUUUAAAGCUUCCGACGCAUUGGCGAGUACCGCUGAGUUCAUGACGACUUCGGAGCAUCCUGAAGUCGUGCAGACGUGGAAUACGUUCAAUGACGGGGUGAGUUUGGGGAGGGAAAUUAAGAAAAUCAUAAAACAAUCAUGUGUGUUUCUUAAAAAAGUUGUGAUUAAUGGAAAAUACGUAGAUUUAGUUAAGAAUUUUAUUUCUAAGAAUCCCAAAGACCAAAAAACGCCAAUAACUCCAAAAUAGACUUCCUUGGAUUUAUCAAGAAGAACUUUUUCGUGGUGAUUAAAAAAAAAUGUUUUCGAUUUUCGGAAAGUUUCGAGCUUCUUCUGCUUUUUUUCACAUCCUUUUUCGGUUGUCAGCAGAACUUUUUAUUCUCACCAAAAAAAUUGGGCUAGAUGUUCUUCCCAGGCGGAUCCUAGGAAGGUGUUAGGAAGGUAACCAGCAUGCGGUUGGAAGGUGAAUGGAAGCUAGAAGGUUUUGGGAAGGUGUUCGGAAGGUAGAUAGAAGGUUUUGGAUGUGAAAAAUUGAAAACGCCUGCCAGAAGCCUUUCAGAAGCCUGCCUGAAAUCUUCUGGAAGUUUUCAGACGGGCUUUUUUUCUAAGUAGAAGGUCUUUAGAAAGUAUGUAAAAAGACAUACGAUCACAUGCUGGGAAGCUUCCAAACGCCUUCUGAAAAACCGAAAAGCUUCCUAACUUUAUGCUGAGUAGGAAAAAAUCAAAAAUUUUCCUCGCUCGUACGACCUUUCAUAAAAAUCCUCAUGAAUUCAGGUCAAAAGAAAAGGAUUUAAAGAUGGGAGCGAAGCAUUGUACACUCAAUAUGUUGGUUCAAUCAGCGAUUUGUAAGUUUUUUAAAAAAAAUAUUUGAAAAAUUCACUUUUAUUUCAAGCAUGUAUAUUCCGACGUCCAUGUUGAACUAUUUUGGAGACCUUAUGGAGGUCUUUUUUGAGAAUUAUUUGUUCCUGGAAAUUGCCGUCGACAAGUUUCUCCGCUCUGUCGAUUAUGAAACGUAGGAAAUUUUUUUUUUCAAAAAGUAUGAAAUUUUCAGUCCUCCUGUGACCAGGUUGAGCUAUUUAUGGGCCGAGGAUCGAGAUAUUUGGCCCAAUUUUUACAAUUCUUCAUUUCUUAGCUUUCAUCCAAUGAAAUAUGGUUAUUCUCGGUUCAAUUUGACCGAAAGAUACAGGUUUCUCAAAAUUUUUCUUUUUCUCGGAAAUGAAUAUUUUUGCAGGUAUUGCGAACACGUGUUACAAUUGUCCGUUGACAUAAUGUUAAAAGGAGGGAAACGACUACGAGGAAAUUAAUAUAUAAAGUUUCUUAUUAUUUAUAAUAAUAAAAAUUGAAAAAAACCUUCCAAUAUGUUUUUUUAUGCCAGAGUCGGCCUUGAAAAAAAAUAUUUUUGGAAGUUCAAAUUAAAGAAUGAAUAAAUUCGUUCUAAAUAUAUGAAUAAAGCAUCACAUAUAAAUUAGAAGUCUGUCCAGAUUUUAAAUGUCAAGUCGUAGCCCAAGCUCCGCCCCUAAUGGCGCGAUGAACCAAUCGGAGAGCGAGCCAUUCACAGAGCGUUUUCGAAUGACGUCAUCGCGCUUGACAUUCAGAAUCUUAUCUCCAGAUUGAAGUUUUUGAAUAUUCUCUCGAAAGAAAUGGAUAUGUCAAAAUUUAUAAGGUAAUUUUGAAUUUUAAGUCUCCAACUUCUUAGAUUUCAUUGACCCUUAUAGACAGCCAUAAUCUCUUGAGGAAAGAUUUUUACACUGAUCCAUAAUCCGUAGGUACUGCGAACACAUGUUGAAAAUGUCUUUUGAGGCAUUUUUUGGAAAGAAAUGAUUAAAAGAAGAGUUCUACACGGCUCCUUGUCGUUCAGAAGAAUAGUGAUCAUACUUCGGCUGGGUCUCACACCGGGGUGUGGCCUACCCCCCUCAAACUGUGGCCAUUUUCAAAUUCUUUUUUCUUGGCUGGGAUGGGAUCCAGCCGAUGUAUGAUAGUGACUUUUGUGAUGUCUGGUAGCUUAUAAAAUUCUUCCAAGAACAGCUACACCGAAAAAUCAUUGAAUGUGACAAGCGGAUGAUUCAAAUCUAUUCAAAAUGAAAUCUUGGGGAAAUUUCGAAUUUACGCACUUCUGUGCGAUCUCAAACAGACCAUCAGAAUUGCGAAAAAGGUCUGGAAUGCAUAUCCCAAACAUCGUUUCUCAUUUUCCAUUUAUGACGUUCUUUGCACGAUAAGCGGAAUGGUGAGAGGUUUAGACGUCUUCAGGAUAUGUUUUGUCUGAAACGAUCCUCAAACAACUAUAAAUGAAGAUCGGCUUGCCGAACUUUUCUAUAAAGUGGACUUCUUUUUUGCAGCCAGAUGUUUCCUUUUUUGUUAGUUCUUCGUUUCUGAGCUCUAGCUGUUCGGAAACGCUUUUUGUCGGCAUGAAUUUUUUUUUUUCGUCAUUAUCCUUGUCCGUUAGGUCCAGCAUUUCUUUCAAACUCCAAAAAAAUAUAUGGUUAUUUAUUCGAAGAAAAAAAUAUUCGCGAGAUUUGAUCAAUUUAAUAUUAUUUUUAAUAUAAAUAAAUUUGAUGACAGUAGAAUAUGAAAGAAACGAAGAAAAAAGCAAAAAUCCGAAAAAUGGUAAAGCGUGUUGUCAAUAGAGCAACUUUACUGCAAAACGCCGUUUUGGCGGGAACUCAAACUUUCCUCUCUCCGACUUUGAAUUAUUUUUCAUCCGAAACUAGGAAUUUCUGUACGUUUCCAAGUUCAACGUUCGACAGACAAGAAAGAGCUCAUAUUGGUCUGCAACGCCAUUUUUUACUGUCCCUAUGCUUCUGAGACAAUUUUAAUAAACUAUGUUACCAUUCUAAUUAUGACUCGAUUUAUUACUGAAGUUUUCCGAUGAUGUUGUCUAACAAAAACCUAAAAACCUCUCUCAAAGUUCCAGGAUGAUUUACAAAUACGUUCGGUUGUUUGGCAUCGUCGCUACAUGCUCAUUAGUGCUUCUAAUAAAAAUGAAAUCAGCCGUGAACCGACCUAUAGAAUAUUCGAGCAAAUGGAUUGUUCUGGCUACAGAAGAUGAGUAUUCAGAAGCGAUCGAGGUGAUAAAAAAAGUUAAAGAACAGGAAGAAGCAAGGUUUUGUACUAGAAGUGAUCUUGUAAAAACUUUUUCUAUUUUUUUUUUGGUUCACCUAUAUAACAAAACUUUAGAAACUAUUGUUGCUGAAAGAUUGGGAAAUCGUCCUGGUCAGUGAACGUGAAACACCCGAGUCACUCAAUUUCACAAAUGUACAUUUUUUAAAUUCGCAAAAGAUCAAAAAAUUAGGUCGGUAACUGGAGACCUGAAAAACUUUGAUUUAACUCAAACUUACUCAGGUUAUUCAGUAGCAAACACGAUACAUAAAACUUCAUCUUCUCGGAAAAAUGUCGGUUAUUUGUAUGCAAUCUCAAAAGGCGCCGAGUGGAUCUACGACAUGGAUAUCGAUAUCGAAUUCCAUGGUUUGAUUUGAAUUUAUAGAAAACAACAAAAAUUUCUUCAGGAAAAGGAUUGGAUCAGUUUUCAUUUGAUAAAUCAACCCGUGGACUCAAGUUUUCGCCUGAAUCGGAUGUUUGGUCUGAUCGAAUGUUCAAUUCUCACCAAUUUUUCGGUGAUCCAGACAGCUUUCCAUUCGGAUUUCCAGAAAUAAAGGUUGCCUCAAAUGAUAACUUUUAUAGCCUGUGUACCACGACUUGGAAUUUCACCAAACGACAUUCCGCUGUGCCGCUGCGCGCCUUUGCAAACCUUGGUCGCGUUUUCAAUUUUUUUCUUUUUUUAAGGUACUCUACUUUCACGUGCUCCCACAGCAAUAACAAUAAAUUGGAAGUGUGACCUAGAUUCGAAAGACGCUUCGCGAACACACGCAGCGGAACAGCGGAAUGUCGUUCGGUGAAAUUUCAUGCCGUGGCACUCAGACUAUAAAGCUUAUUUCAAAAAAAUCGCUUUUUUGAUGUAGAAUCACACAAAUGGAUUUGCCCAAAUGGAGUCUUGUCGUGAAAUGAAGAAUUCCGUCAUUCAGCACGGCUUAGUGAGAGAUUUCUCCGAAGUAGAGAUUCCCUUGUAAGUUUUGGAGAGAAUGCGCCCCAACGCAUUUUUGGCGAUAUUUCAAAAAUCCACAAAAUUUUGGUUCUUUCUUUUAAAAUUUGAGUUUAAGAAAUGGAAACCGAUCAGAAUUACGAAGGAAAUUCAACAAGUUUGCCCCUCCGAUCGCUCUAUCGCCUGGUAAGUGCUUGAAACCCCACUUGGGAAUUGAAAAUCAUCAUUUUCAGGCACUUAUUCGCCUUUCGAUUCUCAAAACACAUUGUUCCACAGAGAAGCUUUUCACACGUUGUUCCUCCCAGUUUCAUUAGAACCUCGGUGGUAACUUUUUUUGGGAGUAGAAAAAAAACAUCGAUUUUUCAGAGACGCAACAGUUUGGCGGUCGUAUUUAGCUCAGAGAAUUCUAAUAUUAACUGGAGAUACUGUGUCUUUGACACCUGUGAAUGCUAUAAAGCUCGCGGAAAUAGGAAAAGAAACAGAAUCCGAACGAAGGUAGAAUUUUUUCUACUUACAAGGAAGGUCAUUUUACUUUGCGCUUCGGAUUCUUCUGAAAAAUGGCUAGAACACUCCUUGAUUUACCAGAUGAAGGUUCUGAAAGUCUCAACCUGCACAACUUCCUCUUUUUUGAAGAAAGGAACCUUCAGAAUCCAUAAAAAUGGGCUAUUUCAAGGCUUUGAGCCCUCAUUUCUCAAAAACUAGGAAGUUGUGCAGGUUGAUUCUUUCAGAUUCUUCUUCUGGUGCAUCAAGGAGUGUUCUGGCCAAUUUUCAGGAAGUCCUCAACCGCAAAGUAAAAUGACAAGCCCUGUGAGGUUUGCGAAAAAAUUAAAUAAAAUAGAAAAAGUCCUUUAAAAUUUAAGCUAUUUUGCAGGCCAAAUUGGAAUCGAGUUCUAGACAUUUUCGACUAUUGGAACUGUUAUUUACCCUCCGUCGAGGCUUGCACUAAUCAAUUAACCGAAAUAUUAGUAUCCUUAAAUAUAUUAGAAAAGCAGGAUGAAGUUUUAACAAAAGCUUGGAUUCAAGAUCUUGUCGAAAUCGGGUGAACCUUGACACUUAACCAUAGAAAAAAAACAUAUAUAGUCAAUGUUUUCCGACUUGAAAGGCGAGAGAGGCGGUUUUGAACUCGUGCCAAGAGCCGCGUACGCACACGCUACGCGUCCCGCCCCUUGCCCCGCCUCCCUCGACUUUCAAGUCGGGAAACAUUGACUAUAUCGAGUCCAAAAAUUUUUCGUAUUUUUCUUUUAGAUACGUGUUUCCACCUCUGAAAAAUAACGUAAAAACAGAAACUCAUAAAUCUUGGCGGAAAAGGUCGCCAAAUUGUAGAAGAGCCAAUAUUGAUUUGGUCCAAGUGGUCGAAAAUGAGGUAAUUUUUCUAAUGAACCAACCCUUCAUAAAAUCUUCAGGAUUUAUUCAGAGCCAAUCAGAAAUUGAAGGCCAACGCAGACCUUUCCAAAUGGUGUUCGGUUGCAAAUUAUACAAGUGAAAAAAAUCUUGAAGCGUCUUGAAUAAAUGAAUACUUUCAGAACUUGAUGAGAACCUUCCGAAAGCUGAAAAGAUCGCUGAGAAUCACCAAAACUCUUCGAACUUGGAAACAGUAACAGAAAAAGUAUAUUACGUCAAUUUUCAAGAGAAUUUAGGUGUUAAUUAUAACGAAAAACUACCCAUUCGCUGAAGAAAUCGGAUUGGUUCAAAGACUAUAUGGACCUUACUUCGGCAUGAUCAUUUUCUGUGGGACUUUCGACGAGAAGAAAAUCAACCCUCCAGGUUUUUUUUUCGAAAAGAAAAAUUUUGAAAGGGCUCAUUUAUAGAGGAAAAUUGAACUAUCGAAAGCUAAGUUAAGUCGAUUUUCAGAUGAAUAUCUUGACCAAUUCGAUCGCAUCAAUUUUAUUAAUCUCAGUGAAGACGAGGUUCACGAAGGGUAUUUCAUAUACAUCUGCGCUCAGAAAGUCAGGGAACUUCAGCUGCAAAAUGUUCAAGGUGAAAAAAAUGAAUAAUGUGGAAAAAUUGAGUUCAAUAGUAUAGCUGAUUCACGGCUGGCUUGAGCCUUCGAAAAAAGGGUCCUGACACGAAAAUGCACGAGAUAGCCCUGGCACGAGGAGAGCGCAGACAGGACACGCCCCCUUAGCGUCCCAAGCUGGCCGUGAAUCAGCUAUAGAAAGAAUUCGAUUUUUUCUCACGAGAAUAGUCUAAAGCUAACUGAGGCUUUGGACAGUCUCUAAUAAGUCUAAUUCUUUUUAAAAUUUCUUAUUCCAGGCUACUAUAUGAUGUCCGACGAUGUCCAAUUCAAUCAUUGGCAGCCAAUAAAUCAUCAACACGUGGUUCACACAAUUGGAACCGUCAAUCCAAGGCCUGGCGAAUUUUGGUUCUCUUUCGAGCACAAGAACAUUUGUAAUCAUUUUUCUCAUUGGGUUUCCUUUUUGAUACUCGAGAAAAUCAGAUCAUUUUUAAGCUUACGAAUCAUUGGAGAAUAUCGUUGAUUUCAUGAACGAAACGGAUGAUCCGGAGGUUGUUAACACGUGGAAAAUGUUUGAACAAGGGGUGAGUUUAGGAGUCUCAAAUCUCAAUAUAUCGGUCAUAACUUUUCAAAAAAUGAGUUUCAGACUCAAGAAUUCUUGAAAAUUUAGGUUAGAAACAAGGGGUUGGAAGAUGCGAGACAGGUUUUAUUGGCUCGGGACUCAUGGUCGAUCAGCGAUUUGUAACUUGGGAUAUAUAACUUGGAAAGUCUAUUAUAUUGAGCAUGUACAUCCCAACUUCAAUGAUGAACUAUUUCGGAGACCUGAUGGAGAUAUUUUUCGAGCACAAUUUGUUCCUGGAAAUCGCUGUUGAAAAGUUCCUUCGCUCUGUCGAACAUGACACGUGGGGAAAGAAUUUAUUUUUCUUACGGAAUCUAUAACUUUCAGCCCGACCUUAACUCACUCGAGCUAUUUGUGGUGUAAUGACAGGAUCGAGUGGCCGAAAUUUUACAACUCUUCGUUUUUGAGUUUCCAUCCGAUCAAAUAUGGAGCUUUUCGGUUCAAUUUGACCGAAAGAUACAGGUUUUUCAAAAUUUUCAACGAUAUGAUUUUUUAAGUUUUUCAACGUCGCUUUAAAAAAAAAAAUUAUUUCAGGUACUGCGAACACGUGUUGCAACUGUCUGUUGACAUUUUGUUGAAAGGACAAAAACUGAAUGAUUAA